UUUUAGAGAGAGAAACCUAGACAAACAACGUGUACUAUCCAUCUAUACUUUACACACAUAUAUAAACAUAAAAAGAGGUUUUUGUGUUGUGCUUCCUGUCUGCAAAAUAGGUGCUUCAAACUAAAAACCCUAGCUUUCUUACAUGUGAUGCUCCUAGGGCCUAGGAUAAAUUAAUUUAGUCCUGGAAGUCCGAAAGAAGUCUGCUCAAAGCUUUCAGAAAUCAAAAUUGUAGACAACAAGUGUUUUGAAUAAAGUCACUCCCCAGGCGAUCAGAUAAUUAUAUAUUCCAUAUCAGUUUGAGUUCGUUCUCCACCCACUAUAUCUUGGUCAAUACUCAGAAUUUUGCACUGGAGCACUUCGGGAUCCCGGGAGCAGGUACCAUGUCAUCUCUGAGUCGGGAACUAGUUUUCCUGAUACUGCAAUUCCUUGAUGAGGAAAAAUUUAAGGAUACCGUUCACAAGUUGGAACACGAGUCUGGCUUUUACUUCAACAUGAAAUACUUUGACGAGCUAGUUCAAGCUGGUGAGUGGGAUGAAGUUGAACGCUAUUUAUGUGGCUUUACAAAAGUUGAGGACAAUCGCUACUCAAUGAAGAUAUUUUUUGAAAUCAGGAAACAAAAAUAUCUAGAAGCCCUUGAUAGGAAUGACCGGCCUAAAGCUGUUGAUAUUCUCGUAAAGGAUUUGAAAGUGUUCUCCUCUUUCAAUGAAGAUCUUUUCAAGGAAAUCACGCAACUACUUGCUCUAGACAAUUUCAGGCAAAAUGAGCAGCUCUCCAAGUACGGGGAUACAAAAUCAGCGCGCAGCAUUAUGCUUGUUGAACUCAAAAAGCUUAUAGAGGCGAAUCCAUUGUUUCGUGAGAAACUCGCCUUUCCAACUUUCAAAGCCUCACGGUUGCGGACAUUGAUUAAUCAAAGUCUUAAUUGGCAGCACCAACUUUGCAAGAACCCACGUCCAAACCCUGAUAUUAAGACACUUUUUAUUGAUCAUACUUGUGCUUCUAGCAAUGGAGCUCGUGCUCCUCCACCUGCUAAUAGCCCUCUUGCUGGACCUGUUCCAAAAGCUGGGGUUUUUCCACCUCUUGGAGGUCAUAACCCGUUCCAGCCGAUUGUUUCUCCUUCUGCAAGUGCAAUCGCAGGUUGGAUGUCGAGUCCCAAUCCUUCCAUGCCUCAUGCUGCUGUUGCAUCUGCCCCCCCUGGUCUUGUCCAGUCCCCUGGUGCAGCUGCAUUCCUGAAACAUCCCAGAACGCCUCCUGGUGGUCCUGGGUUGGAGUACCAAAUGGGUGAUUCAGAGCACCUAAUGAAGCGUAUGCGCACUGGUCAAUCUGACGAGGUGUCCUUCUCCGGUCAUCCUCCUCAUAUGUACUCAACUGAUGAUCUUCCAAAAGCUGUUGUGCGGAUCCUUAACCAAGGGUCAAAUGUCAUGAGCAUGGAUUUCCAUCCACAGCAGCAGACUGUUCUUUUAGUUGGUACUAAUGUCGGUGAUAUUAGCAUCUGGGAAGUUGGAUCUCGUGAAAGGUUAGUCCAUAAAACAUUCAAGGUGUGGGAUUUGUCAGCUUGUUCAAUGCCAUUGCAGACUAAUUUGGUAAAAGAUGCAACAAUAUCCGUCAACCGGUGCAUAUGGGGCCCGGAUGGAUCUAUACUCGGCGUCGCUUUCUCGAAGCAUAUAGUUCAGAUAUAUGCAUACAAUCCAGCGGGAGAGUUGAGACAGCACUUAGAAAUUGAUGCUCACAUUGGAGGUGUAAAUGAUAUUGCUUUUUCUCAUCCCAAUAAGCAACUGUGCAUUGUUACAUGCGGCGAUGACAAAACAAUAAAGGUGUGGGAUGCUGUAUCUGGACGAAGACAAUUUAUAUUUGAGGGUCACGAAGCUCCUGUUUAUUCUGUAUGCCCUCACUUUAAAGAAAAUAUACAGUUCAUCUUCUCCACUGCAAUUGAUGGGAAAAUUAAAGCAUGGCUAUAUGAUUGUUUGGGGUCCAGAGUAGAUUAUGAUGCCCCUGGACACUGGUGCACCACAAUGGCUUAUAGUGCUGAUGGAACCAGGCUUUUCUCUUGUGGGACAAGCAAAGAAGGUGAAUCCCACCUAGUUGAGUGGAAUGAAAGUGAAGGAGCUAUUAAAAGGACAUACUCUGGAUUUAGGAAACGGUCAUUAGGUGUUGUUCAGUUUGACACAACUAGGAAUCGUUUUCUAGCUGCUGGUGAUGAAUUUCAAAUAAAGUUCUGGGACAUGGACAAUAAUAACAUUCUGACAGUUAUCGAUGCUGAGGGUGGAUUGCCUGCAAGUCCUAGAUUGAGAUUUAACAAGGAAGGUUCCUUACUGGCUGUAACAGCCAAUGAAAAUGCCAUCAAGGUUAUUGCUAAUUCAGAUGGGCAACGUAUGUUGAGGAUGCUGGAAGGCAGAGCAUUUGACAGCUCUCGUGGUUUUCCAGAAGCAGUCAAUAUUAAACCUCCAUUUUCUGGGUCCCUAGGCCCUAAUGUUUCCAACCCUAUACAACCAGUCCUAGAUCAUUCCGAAAGAAUGCAGACCCCAUUAUCCAUUGGCAAUCUUGCUGCUGCUGAGAGUAGCAAGAUGGCUGAUACUAAGCCAAAGAUUUUGGAAAAUGCUGACAAAAUGAUAGCCUGGAAGUUUCCAGAUGUAACAGAAUCAACUCAACUAAGGGCUAUUCGAUUGCCUGAUCCAUUGUCAGCUAGUAAGGUUGUUCGUUUAAUCUACACAAAUUCUGGGUUAGCUUUGCUUGCCCUUGCUUCCAAUGCUGUUCAUAAGCUCUGGAAAUGGCAGCGCAGUGAACGUAAUCCGUCAGGGAAGUCUACAGCAUCUAUCAUGCCCCAGUUGUGGCAGCCAUCAAGUGGCGCUCCUAUGUCUAAUGAUAUAAAUGAAGCUAAACCAGCUGAAGAAUCUGCUGCGUGCAUUGCUUUAUCAAAAAAUGAUUCUUAUGUGAUGUCUGCAUCAGGCGGGAAAGUGUCGCUGUUCAACAUGAUGACCUUCAAGGUCAUGACAACAUUUAUGCCCCCUCCUCCAGCAGCCACCUAUCUAGCAUUCCAUCCCCAGGACAACAAUGUUAUUGCCAUUGGAAUGGAUGAUUCUACUAUUCAAAUAUACAAUGUCAGGGUUGACGAGGUCAAAAUCAAACUGAAGGGUCAUCAGAAACCGAUCACAGGGCUUGCAUUUUCACAGGCACUGAAUGUGCUGGUGUCUUCUGGAUCUGAUGCACAGCUAUGUGUUUGGAACAUCGAUGGGUGGGAAAAAAGAAUAGCUAGGCCAAUACAGACACCAUCUGGUCAGUCAGCUCCUCUGGCUGGGGAUACUAGAGUUCAGUUCCACAAUGAUCAGACUCAUUUGCUUGUGGUUCAUGAAAGCCAAAUUGGUAUCUAUGAUAGCCAACUUGAGUGCUUGCGACUGUGGUCUCCAAGAGACUCUCUUUCUGCUGCCAUAUCAAGCGCGAUAUACUCAUGUGACGGUCUGCUGAUAUUUGUUGGAUUUUCUGAUGGAGCUAUUGGAAUUUUUGAUGUGGACGGGCUGAGGCUCCGAUGUCGAAUAGCAUCCUCUGCCUACAUAGGUUCUUCAAUUUCCAGCAGUAGCGGUGCCUUUCCUGUGGUAAUCGCAGCACAUCCAACUGAUUCUAACCAGUUUGCGCUUGGAAUGAGCGAUGGUUCAGUUCAUGUCAUUGAGCCAUCAGAUGGUGAGCCAAAGUGGGGUGGACCAGUCCCCCAAGAAAAUGGAUCCCUGCCUACCAUUCCCUCAAAUUCAGCCUUAAAUAGUCAGCCUUCUGAAACACCCUCUAGGUGAAAUUGUAAAACCCAAGUGCAAUCCUUGUACUUUUAGUUUCGAAUGUUCAACUAGACAGUUAGUUUAUGUUUUAAUAUACCCAAAUUCGAAGAGUCUAAUUUUACUGUGAUAGUAAAAUUUUUGUAGGAGUAGACCGUUGGUCAUUUAGGUAGAAGGUAUAUUUUACAGUCUUAUACUUGCAUGUUUCUCUCUUUAACAUUUUAGCUUUAUGAUGCAAGAGGAAAAAAAGAUUUGGAUUUUAA